AUGGGGUUCUUUAUACCAGAGAAUGCGCUAAACAAUUUAAAGCUUUACAGAUACCAGAGUGAGGAUCACUCAAUAUUAUCCAAUGCUUUUCUAAAAACAUUCUGGAGAAAAGUUGCCCUUAUAUUCCCUGUGUGGAUGGCUCCUAACUUGGUCACGCUCUCUGGAUUGACAUUUAUCAUCAUCAAUGUCUUGACUGUGCUCUAUUACGACCCAGAUCUUUCGCAAGAGACACCUCGUUGGACUUACUACUCUUAUGCUCUAGGGAUGUUUUUGUACCAAACAUUCGAUGCCUGUGAUGGUAUGCACGCACGUCGUACUGGCCAAUCGGGACCAUUGGGGGAGUUAUUUGACCAUUGUAUUGAUUCCAUUAAUACAACUUUAUCAUUGCUACUGUACAUUUCCACUACAGGAAUUGGAUAUAGUUACAUGUUUAUUUUUGCCCAAUUCAGUGUGCUAUGUAAUUUUUACUUAAGUACAUGGGAGGAAUACCAUACCCAUAAACUAUUCCUAUCAGAAUUCUGUGGGCCUGUUGAAGGUAUAAUGAUGUUAUGUGUAUUAUAUUUCCUAACCGGUGUAUUUGGUCCUCAAACGAUCUGGCAUACCACAUUGUUUCAGAUUCCAUAUGACGGUAGAAUGAUUAAUUUUGAAACUAUACAUUUAAUGAACACAUUCUCUUCUGUUGCGUUGUUGUUUAACAUUUCAGCUGCCACAAAAAAUGUUUCUGAUUAUUACAAAGAGCAUGCUGGUUCUGAUCCUGCCCACAAAUCAAAAGUUGAUUCCAAAAUAUCUAAUGCAAUUAACGGAUUAAUUCCAUUUUUCUUAUUCUUUGCAUCUGUUUUCAUUCUGGUCUUGGUCGAUGAAAGAUUUAUGACGUUGCCAUUGAUAUUGAGUAUUGGUUUAAGUAUGGCCUUCGUGGUAGGUCGUAUCAUUGUAGCACACUUAACAUUACAAGAGUUCCCUCUUUAUAAUGUGGCAAUGUAUAUUCCAUCCCUCCAAUUAGUUUGCUUCAUUGUCAUGACUAAAAUAAUUGGUUCUGAUGAGAACAAAGUUAUAUAUGCUUUAGUCUGGAUGGGAUUGGGUCUUGCCCUCGGUAUUCAUGGUAUGUUUAUUAAUGAUAUCAUUUUUGAGUUCACUCAAUUUUUGGAUGUUUAUGCGCUGACUAUUAAACACCCAAAGAAAGUAUGA